UGUCAUGGCCGGCAAAGUUAGAAUGGUUUCAUUAUGUAGCAGGGAAAUGUGAAAUUUUACAGCGCUCACUUUGCAGUGAAAGAUCAAAACUAUCUAGCACGAUGAAAACUUUACAGUGAAGUUUUUGAAAUGACGCAGUCGAUCGUUGUUCAAGUUGGCCAGUGUGGUAACCAGAUAGGCUGCAGGUUUUGGGACUUGGCUUUGCGAGAGCAUGCCAGCCUGAACAAGGCUGGAAUCUAUGAUGAGCCUCUCAGUAGCUUCUUCAGGAAUGUAGAUGGUCGCCAUGAUGACCCACUGGACAUACCUGUGGGCAGUGGGAAGGGGAAGAUCAAGGCUCUCAAAGCCAGGGCAGUUUUGAUUGACAUGGAAGAGGGCGUGGUCAGUGGAUCACUGAAGGGGCCCCUGGGGGAUAUAUUUGAUUACAAGCAGUUGAUAACAGAUGUGUCUGGAUCUGGAAAUAACUGGGCAGUUGGCCAUAAAAUGUAUGGAGAAAAGUACAAAGAUGAGAUUUCAGAGACAGUGAGGCGUGCCGCAGAGCUGUGCGACUGCCUGCAGUGCUUUUUUGUUAUUCAUUCUAUGGGAGGAGUUUUUGAAAUGACGCAGUCGAUCGUUGUUCAAGUUGGCCAGUGUGGUAACCAGAUAGGCUGCAGGUUUUGGGACUUGGCUUUGCGAGAGCAUGCCAGCCUGAACAAGGCUGGAAUCUAUGAUGAGCCUCUCAGUAGCUUCUUCAGGAAUGUAGAUGGUCGCCAUGAUGACCCACUGGACAUACCUGUGGGCAGUGGGAAGGGGAAGAUCAAGGCUCUCAAAGCCAGGGCAGUUUUGAUUGACAUGGAAGAGGGCGUGGUCAGUGGAUCACUGAAGGGGCCCCUGGGGGAUAUAUUUGAUUACAAGCAGUUGAUAACAGAUGUGUCUGGAUCUGGAAAUAACUGGGCAGUUGGCCAUAAAAUGUAUGGAGAAAAGUACAAAGAUGAGAUUUCAGAGACAGUGAGGCGUGCCGUGGAGCUGUGCGACUGCCUGCAGUGCUUUUUUGUUAUUCAUUCUAUGGGAGGAGGAACAGGGUCAGGAGUUGGAACAUUUGUCCUCAACCUUCUGCAGGAUGAAUAUCCAGAUGUUUACAGGUUUGUCACUGCUGUGUACCCAUCUGCUGAAGAUGAUGUGAUAACCUCUCCCUAUAAUAGUGUGCUAGCCAUGAGAGAACUGACGGAGAAUGCUGACUGUGUAUUACCAGUGGAGAACCAGGCUCUGGUAGAUAUUGUCAACAAAAUCAGCCAAGCUCUGCCGCCAUCAAACCUGGGCAAGAAAACAGUGGGGAUAUCAGGCAAUGUGAAGGCAGCCAGCAGUAUAGCCUCCAGUCAUGGCAGUAUAGUGAAGGGACCGGAUGAACAGCCCUUUGAUACCAUGAACAAUAUUGUGGCAAAUUUGUUGCUGAAUUUAACCAGCUCAGCCAGAUUUGAAGGUUCCCUGAACGUGGAUUUAAACGAGAUCACAAUGAACCUGGUCCCGUUUCCAAAGUUACACUACCUGAUCUCCAGCCAGACCCCUCUGUAUGCCUCAGCUGAUAUGAAGAUACCCCCAAGAAGAUUAGACCAGAUGUUUAGUGAUGCGUUUUCCAAGGACCACCAGCUCAUCAAAGCUGACCCUAAACAUGGACUGUAUCUGGCCUGCGCCCUAAUGGUACGGGGGAGUGUGGAGGUGUCAGAUAUCAGGAGGAACAUAGAGAGACUGAAGCCGUCCUUGAAGUUCAUCUACUGGAACCAGGAAGGUUGGAAGACUGGCUUGUGCUCCGUCCCUCCUGUUGGUCAACCCCACACCCUACUGACCCUAGCUAACAAUACCUGUAUCAGACACACCUUCUCUGACCUCAGGGACAGGUUCAGCAAGCUGUAUAAGAGAAAGGCUCACAUUCACCACUACACACACGUGGACGGGAUGGAAGUCAGCGACUUUGCUGAGAGCCUGGAGUCCAUAACGUCUGUGAUACAAGAAUACGAGACUUUGGACUCACAAAAAGACAUUGUGCCCGAAUUAUUACCCAGACUACAAGUUGUAUGAGACUUACAAAAUCUUAAUAAUAUA